AUGCCUCUUAGUCUGCGUGCCAUUGCGGCUGCAGUUCUUCCAUCCAUCACCGUUGCAUCCGUCCUCCAGCAGCCAAUUGACACCUUCGACCAUACCCAGGGCUACCGCUUCGAUCCUCUCCUGCACCUCCCUGGAAUCUCGCCAUAUUUCGAUGCUGUAGGCUUUGGUCUGUCGCAUGCUCCGCCUGAGGGCUGCACGGUGACUGCUGCGUCAUACCUCAUCCGCCACGCUGCCAUCUACGCGAACGACGCCGAGUACGAGGAUUACAUCAAGCCGUUCCUCUUCAAGCUGGAGAAGCACCGUGGUGGUUUCUCGGGACCGCUGGAGUUUCUGAAUAAGUGGCAUUCGCCAAUUGAGGAGGAUCACCUCGAGGAUGUGACUCCCUCGGGCAAGAAGGAUGCCAAGAAGGUCGGACACCAUCUCGUCAAGCGCUACAACCACCUCGCCGCGUCUGUCAAGCGCGUCAUCGCAGAUACCAAGGACAGGACCUACGAUACCGCGAAAGCUUUCCUGCAGGCAUUCCCCGAGGACGGCGACAUCGAGAUCACUCGCUUCGACAAGAAGGAAUUGAACAACGGUACACGUGCCCUUCUCCCCCACAAGGCGUGUUCCAAGUUCUCCAAAUCUCCCGGCACGAAGCAGCAGAUGGAGUUCGUCGACAACUACGGCAAGGGAGUGUCCCAGCGAUUACGACCCCACACUCCUGACGACUACCAGCUCGAUCCCAAGGAUGUCUUUGCUCUGCAGUCAAUCUGCGGUUACGAGUCAGCCAUCCAUGGGAAAAGGUCGCCUAUCUGUGGUCUGUUCUCCGACGCAGAGUGGCUCUCGUAUGAAUACGCCUGGGACAUGAAGUACGCGCACAUGGUCGGGCCUUUCAACCCUCUAUCCAACUACCUCGGUUUCCCCUGGUUGCAUUCGCAGUCCGACCUCUUUGAGAGGAUUGGCAAGAACUCUGAGCGUAUCGGCCAUGAAUCAUCAGGAUGGCCAGAGGAGCAGCGCCUGUUCUUCUACUUCACCCACCGCGAAGUCCCGCCCUUCGUCGCCACAGCUCUGGGAAUCUUCAACUCCUCAUCGCGCGAUGGAUAUGACGAGUUCCCCACUACUCACGUCAACCACGUGCGAGCGUGGAAGAUGUCUGAUCUGAUUCCGUUCCUCGGCCACGUUGGAAUGGAGAAGAUGACUUGCGAAAGACCGGGAACCGAGAAGAAUGAUCCACUUGAGAAGACAGAGUACAUCAGGUUUAUCGCCAACACUGCGCCUCGACCUCUUCCGCUCUGCCAGAAUGGACCGGGUGCUAGCUGUCCUUUUGACGAGUUCAAGAAGAUUGUGACUGCGGGUUUUAAGAAGUACGGAGAUUUCGAUGGUGUUUGUGAGAAUAACACGGAAAAGGAAGAUGACCUGUAA